AAAAUCUAACCAGUUAGUUCUCGAGGUGGUGAAGGAGACGGUGUCGGAGUACCAGGAGAAAACGGCCAGGACACUGAGAGAGAACGAGAGUCUCAAGAGAAGAAUUCAGGAACUCCAGGACAAUGUACAGAGACCAAAACCAGGAGCUUCGACGUUGACCGUCGCUCAUGAGAAGACGCAAGGAAAACUGCCAUGGAAACAGGAGCGACCACUGCCCAUAAACGAGGACAUUGAGAUAAUUGAAUCUGACAAUGAGAUCCCCGUGUUCCUCUCCCCAGAUUGUCAUGGCGACGUCAACAAACAGUUGGUAUCCACUUCUCCCUCUCUGUGGAGGGGCUUGGCUCAGUCAGGAAGCCAAAGGGAGAUCGCUGAACAGCAGGCAGAUAUUAUGCUGCAUCACACUGAGGUGAACCUUAAAACAGAGAGUCCUGAUGCCCUGGACAUAGCUCUGUCAGAGGCCUCGCCAGACCCGCUGUCGUCCAACCAACACACCCAGGGUUCCCCUCCCCCCCAGACUGUAAACCACAUCAAGACAGAGCCUGAAGAAGAAGAUUGCUCUGCAUAUUCAACACCAAAGCAUUUGUAUUAUGGCUCCAGCUCUAGCCAUAGUUUACACCUCCAAGGGUCCCUUCAGGAGAGCCUGGGCUCCCAUGAACUGAUGUACUUUUCUCCGCCUGAGAACGGUUUAGGGGAGCCCUUCUCUGGGGGCGAUGGCUCUUUGGGGGCCAGAAGAGAGCAUGAUGGGGGAGGGGGAGGGUAUGACCUGCAGCACAAGCUCCGCCCAUAUAGGAAGUCUUGUGGAGGAGCAGGAGGCUUGAGAAUAUUCCAGAGACAACUUGUUAGAGAAAAACGGUACUGUUGCCAGAUCUGUGGCCGUAGCUUCAGCCAUGCAGGGGACUUUAAGAAGCACAAGAGGGUCCACACUGGGGAGAAACCCUACUGCUGCUCUGUGUGUGGAAAGAGGUUCAGUCAGUCAGGAUACCUGAAGAUUCACCAGCGCUACCACACCGGAGAAAGACCGUACGGCUGUGGCCAGUGUGGAAAACGUUUUAGCCACUCUAGUAAUUUUAAAAAACACCAGCUCACUCACUUACAGUGAGGCAGACUUAUAUUGACCCCUUAAAACAUGUUAGAGAUGUGUUUAUGCUAUUAACACUAUCAAGGCAUCACAUGUAGAUGAAUUGUGCGGUGUUAAAAGGCACUGUAUUCUAGUAAAGGAUUUGACUGAUAGAAGAUAUGCUUUUUGCAUCAGAUUAACGUCAUUACUAUUGCUGAACUAAACUGGUUUAAGCCAUAUUGAUGCAUGUUACUUAGUUGCUCCAGACUACUUUGUCAUUCCUUACCACAUCCUACAUCUUUUGUACCUUUGUAAACAUAUCUCUCCUAUGCUAUCAAAUAAAACAUUUGUUUU